CACCUUUCUCGCCAUUGGUCAGUCAUUUGUUUACUUCAAAACAGGUGGCGGAAAUACCGAUUGUGAUUCUUCAAAAUCAUGGAUGCAGAAAAUGCAUUUUUGCGUGACCAAGUUAACAGGUUAAAUUCUGUUCUCAGCCAGUGUCAAAAUAGACAGGACACCCAGCCUACACCAUCUCAGGUUGAGGAGAUGCGGCGAGCAGAACCUCCUGCUCCUUGGCUCUCAGACAGAGGUAUAAUGGCUCCUCUUAUAGCAGAAUAUGAUCAGCACAUGGAUGAAAUGACUGAACGGCUGCAUAAAUACCAGGUGAUGAUGACGGACAUCAAACUGAAGCUGGAGAGGGUUGUGAAAGAAAACGAAAGGUUGCAUGCAGAGCUAAGAGAGUCCAUUGAGAAGCAGCUCCAUGCCAUGCCCAUGGCUUCAGGGGCYGAGGCUGGAACAGUAGAGGAGGAUACCAUCAUCAGAAACCUGCAGGAACAGGUUCAGCUGUCUGAACAGGAGCGGGUGCAGGCCAUGGAGCUGUGGCAGACGGCAGCUCAGGAAUUGGACCGCCUACAGCAGGUCUACCAGAAGACCAUCUCUGACAGGCAGCUCCACGAUGCUCAGAGACAGCAGCUCAAGGAUCAGCUUGUUCAGUGCCAGCAGCACUCGUACAAACUCCAAGCGUCCAAUCGGCAACUGGAAUCAACUAACCAGCAGCUCCUGAAGACGGUGACAGAGCAGAGCACAGAAAUGAAGGAGCUACACUGUCAGCUCAGACAGGCCAAGACUGACCUUAGAAUGGCCACAGCCAAAGUGGAUGAGAUGACCAAAUUGUUGCAGAAUUUCCAGGAACAGAUGCAGAGAAGAGASGAAGAUGUGGCUGAGGCUCGUGGACGAGAGGACGCAGCAGACAGACGACUCCAGCAGCUUCAGACGACUUUGAGCCAACUUGAGACCAGGCUGAAAGCUGCCUCUCAGGAGGCAGAGGCAGUUCGCAGGGAGCAAGCUGUGUGGGAGAGAAAAGUCGGGGAACUCCAGACACGUUGUACCACCCUCGAAGAGGAGAAGUACGAGGCUCUGUCCAAAGUCAGAGAGAGUGUUCAAGUGGCUGAGGAGGCUGUACUGCAGAAGGAGCAGUCACUGUUAAGAGAAAAGCAGAAGACAGAAGAGCUAGAAAAGACAAAUGAAGCUAUCAAACUGUUGAUCCAGGAGGCUGCAGUCCGAACCAGGAAAGAGGUAGAAAAUGUGCGCAAACAGUGCAAUGUGGAAAUCCAUCGCAUGGCGGAAGAACUGUCUGCACUUCAGCUGGAGUGUGCAGAUAAAGAGUCACAGAUUGAAAGGUCCCUGCGUGACAGAAAAGCUGUAGAGGAGGAACUGGAGAAGGUGUAUAAAGAGGGCAGGGCGGAGCCGGAGUUCAGGAAGAUCGACGCCCUUCAUCAGAGGUGUCUAAAUGCAGAGAGGCUAAAGGAAGACAUGAGCCGCACUCUGCACAGCACGCAGAACAAACUGAAAAAGAUGGAAAUGGACUACAGCGAGGAGCUGUCUCGAUGUCAGGAGGAGGUGCGACGGCUGCAGCGCUCACUGGCUGAAGCGCGGGAUAACUGCGUUGGUGCCAGUGAGGAGCGACUUCAGCUGCAACAGGAAAACACGCGGCUCCACAAAGAGAUGGACGAGCUGCGCAAGACCACCAUGCUGGUCCAAAUGAAAGCCAAGCAGAAGGUGUCACAGAUGGAGCAAGAAUACAGCCUGAAAGAGCAGGGAUUUGAUGCGCGAGUGAGGGAGCUGGAGGAAAGUAGCCAGAGCUCGAGUGCUGAUCUGACACGCCUCCUCACAGCACAGCAGAAGAGCACUCAGCGAUGGAAGGAAGAGGCCAAGAACCUCGUGCAAGCCUUUGAAACUAAACUCACAGGCCUCAAGUCUCCAGAGAUGCUGUACGGCGUUCAGGUCCACACACACUGGCUGUGUCYCUUCAGAACUUCUAUUGUUUUUCUGAAGCCACUCCUGUGUUUACACGUCGUUGGAGCCUCUCUGUUUCUGCUGCAGAGAUUCUUGCCAUGCUCAGAAUUUGGCCAAAUGGACAGCCCAGGGAAGAGAACCCAACUUUUUUGUUUUCCUUUUUCUUUUUUUUCUAGCACAUCUUCAUGCGUCUGUGCCCCCACCUCAUACAACAGCUUUUGCUUUUGUCCCACUUUCUCUCAUUUGGYAAAUGAAAAGCAGUGUGUUGCUCAAAAUACAAGCAAGCUGAGCAAAUACUCUGCAAAAAGAAGUUUUUAAUCAAAAACAAUUUAACAGAAACUAGUUAGUAACUGACAGACUGCUAAAACAUGUUUUAAAAUAGAUAAAAUACAUUUAGUUAAUGCAGUACUUCAUUAAAUAUAAUAAAAAGUGUUGUUUUAUUCAAACAAAACAAUAAUCCUCACUUUGAUACAUCACUGCCUAAGGACUUUAUUUCAUCUAUUUUACCAUGAACACUAUCAAAGACUCAGCACAUUUCAGACAAAAAUUGAUUUAACACUUGAGGUUUUUACUGCUCUGAGCAAUGUGUACUACAUUGAGAUAUGCUUGAAAUACUGAAGAUGUUAAAACAGCUGAAAACAAAGCUUUAUGAAUAUUUUUGUUGUCUCUGUGAGAAGUGCUUUGGCUCUAAUCCUUUUUUUCCCCCACAUUUG